UCGGCUGAAUUAUAAAAAAUGAAACAAGUUUUCUUUUUGUGUACAUAUGCUAGAGAGGUGGACAUAUGGCCCAUAUAUAAUGAUUUGUGCGGUUUACACAGCACAUAUUGAGCACUUCUCAAUAACUUCUCUUUAGUUAAAUAGGAGAUCUAUGAGAUCACUUGUUAAAGGUCAGGUUAUCAAAGCAAAUCAAUUAGGCGUUCACAUCGACCGCAAAGCUUUAAAUUUCUUUUUCUUGCUUCAAUUUUCUUUUUUUAUUUAUUUAUUUAUUUAUUUAUUUUUUUUAGUAGGCUAGCCAUGCAAGGGUCGCAGAGGAGAGGAGAUGUAGUAUUCUUUUCUAUUGUCUAUGUUUGUCAAUGACAAGUCAUUUAUUCAGGAAGUGGAUUAUGACUGUUUUAACCAAAUGCCUCCUCAUUAAACCAUAGUGUUUUAUUAACAACUUUUAUACCCACCACCGAAGGAUGACGAAAUUUUGAACCAUUUAUUUAUUCAGAAGCAACCUUUGCCAAGCAACGCUUGAUUAAAUUAGGGAUCCAUUGAAACAUAUCCAUUUUUCGGUCUGUCCGUCUCGAAUUUGACAUCGGAAUUUCCUGCACACAAACUAAUAUUGAAAAUGGGCCAAAUUGGUCAAUGGAUCUAACAUAAUCGAAGAACAGCUCGUUCCUGUUCAACUCGGAUAAACUACAAGAGAUGAACCCAAAAAUUUCUAUAUGUUUUCUAAAAAAAUGGAAAUAAGCAACCACCGCGCCCAUCUAAUGUUAUAGAGCAACCGAAAUUUAUUAGUAUGCGUAAAUGUAAUUUGGUUGCAGUUUAGUAGUUUCGAAAAACAGAUAAAAACAUGACUCAAAUUUAAUCCACAAAACUUGACAUAAUUUUACAUUGAAAUAACUGUUAAGUGCUUGGAUUAACGUCGUUCAUCUCGACUGCUCUAGGGAUCUAAAGUAGCUCUAACUAGUCACGGGUUAGUUUAUCUCUAACAAGUCCCAAAGUAAUUUAGUCCUUAGCUAGUUAGCAAGAAAAACAUCUCAUCAUUUUGAUGGUGGGGCGAAAACAUUCGGACCUACCGUACUCUGAGAUCUUUAAUCUUUUAAUUGAUCGCAUUAUUCGAAUCCGAUCAAACGUUCUAGCUCUUGAAGCUAUCAAGAAUCGAUUCUGUCCACGUGUUUGUCCGCCAAAGCAUAUGUCGGAAUAUAUAUGCCAUCUGAGAAAUUACGAUUGGGUAGAACUGGCUGGAGUUCGUUCAUAUUAUGUUAAGAAAAGAGCAAACGUUUAAAGAGGAGAACAAAGAAACGAUGGAAAUUAAGUGAAGCGUCGUACGCAAAGCUAAACUUAACUUAGCCGGUAGUGCGUAAGAAACUAAUGCCAAUAAAAACAGAUACAACUGUUUUAUGUAAUUACAUAGGAAAUUGCCUAUAAAAGUUUAAAACAAGCUACUAAUGAGGCACAGUAGUUAAAGUCAACAUUAAGCAAACGAACGAAUUAUAAUUUCAAGUCGAUAUGUUCUUAAAGCACAUAACACUGCUAAUGUUCUUGGUAAGUGAAAAUAACGGAAAAAAAAUUGAAAUCCGCAUAGAUAAAGAUUUAAUUCCUUCAAUUUUAGAUGUCAAGUUCGUAUUCCUCAAGUGAAAACUGGAAACAGCCUACACCGCAAACCGUUGUACAAGUUGCUCAAAAAUGCUUGCGCCUGCAGAACGGUUUAAAUAUAGAAACACUUCACGAUGACCCGAAACAAGUUAGAUGUUUCUUUGAGAAUUUGAGUUUAUGGGACAAGUAUAAUGGAUUUAAGGCCGAGCGUUUAGGUUACGUGUUCAAUAAACGUCAAAUGAUGAAUGAAAUCCUUGUCGCGGUAAGCUAUUGCAAUGAUAAAACACGUCAAGACGAUGCUAAUAAAUGGGCUUUUGAAGCCUAUAGUUGCUUUGCCGUGGGACCGAUCGGCAAUUGGACGAAUCUUUUUAUAACGAAUGCUUAUAAAAAAGUGUUAAAAGAUAAAGGAUUGUAAUAAAAGAAAUUGAAUUUGAAGAAAAACAAAAAAAAAAAAAAGAACAAAU